ACUUGGUUAAUUAAGGAAGAAGAAAGAAGAGAAAAAUCCGAGAGAUCCUCGUUGGUGAUUGAAUCCGUCAACUAAAAAAUCGAAUCCCUAGGAAGGUGGGGCGUGAUGAACAGGUUGAGGAAUCUGGACGCUUACCCCAAAAUCAAUGAAGAUUUCUACAAGCGUACUCUUUCCGGCGGUGUCAUCACCCUCUUUUCCUCCGUCGUCAUGCUAAUUCUCUUCUUCUCCGAGCUUCGGCUUUACAUGCACCCUGUUACGGAGACUCAGCUCCGUGUGGAUACAUCAAGAGGGGAGAAGCUACGUAUCAAUUUUGAUGUUACGUUCCCUGCGCUUCAAUGCUCGAUCAUUAGUAUUGAUACAAUGGAUGUUAGCGGAGAGCGGCACCUUGAUGUGCGACAUGAUAUUAUUAAAAGAAGAUUAGACUCUCAUGGCAAUGUCAUCGAGUCCAAACAAGAUGGAAUUGGUCAUACUAAGAUUGAGAAACCUUUACAGAAACAUGGUGGAAGGUUGGAGCACAAUGAAACAUAUUGUGGUUCCUGCUUUGGUGCUGAAGCGACGGAUGAUACUUGUUGUAAUUCAUGUGAGGAAGUUCGUGAAGCUUAUCGAAAGAAAGGUUGGGCCCUCUCCGACCCUGAAUCUAUCGACCAGUGCAAAAGAGAAGGAUAUGUGCAAAAGGUGAAAGACGAAGAAGGUGAAGGCUGUAACGUUCACGGUUUCUUGGAAGUUAAUAAAGUCGCUUGGAAUUUUCAUUUCGUUCCAGGACAAAGCUUUCAUCAAUCCGGUUUUCAAUUUGGUGAUCUUAUAUUCUUCCAGCAAGGCAACUACAAUAUUAGCCACAAGGUUAACAGGCUGGCGUUUGGAGACUUUUUCCCCGGUGUAGUGAACCCUCUAGAUGGUGUGCAGUGGAAUCAGGAGAAACAAAAUGGCGUGUAUCAAUAUUUCGUCAAGGUGGUACCAAGCAUUUACACAGAUGUUCAUGGGCAUACCAUUCAGUCAAACCAGUUCUCUGUGACAGAACAUUUCCAAAAAAUGGAAGCAGGUCGAAUGCAAUCUCCGCCUGGUGUUUUCUUCUACUAUGAUCUUUCGCCGAUUAAGGUGAUAUUUGAGGAGCAGCAUGUGGAGUUCUUGCACUUCCUAACAAAUGUUUGUGCUAUAGUAGGAGGUAUCUUCACCGUAUCAGGAAUAGUUGAUUCGUUCAUAUACCAUGGACAAAGAGCAAUUAAGAAGAAAAUGGAGAUUGGUAAAUUCAACUGAGUUUGUUUGUCUUAUUAUUAUUUUUUAUAUAUAUAUAUAUAUAUUCUUCUCACUUUCUUGUUCAGAGACUGGUUAACCUUGAACGGGGGUUUUACAGUUAGACAUUAGGUUUGAUGAUGAGUCUGGCAAACAAUGCUAUCUUUGGUUGACUUUGAAAGGAACUGAGAAAGUUUUA